AUGGUAUCCACAAGACGAACCGCUCAAAUCGAGCCUGCGGACGAUAUGGCCGGCUCCACUCUGGCCAACACUCUCCGUAAGAAGCCUGUGCGCAAGGCCGCCGCGAAAAAGGCCGAGGUCGACACGAAAGCAAACCCAACCCGUGGGAGAAAUGCAGCGACAAUGGCUGAUGAUCAGGUGGUGGGUGAGCCCGUGGAGUCGACUACUCUUUCGCUGCAAACAAAACCAACAAGGAAGCCAGCCGGCAGAACCAAGAAGACCACCACUCAGCAGCCUGCAGAGGAGGUCGAGUCAUCAGUCGCACCACCUUCGAAAACCGCCAGAGCGACGCGAACGAAGAAGACCGAACUGCUAGUCGAAGAGCUUGCGGAUCGGGACGAUGUUCCGCAGUCAAGGCCAACGCGCAGGACGCGUGCGACGGAGCCUAAGGCGCGACCAUUGUCUCCUAAGAAGAUCACUCAAGUAGCCAGGCCUCGCACCAGAAAGACAGACGGGAAGAGGUCAGCCGAUAAACCUCAAGCGAUAAGAACCGCAGCUCGAGGGGCUCGUGCGGCUCGUGCACGAACAGUAUCGGACGAGAACGCAGAAGUGCCUGAUUUGUUGCAUCAGGAAGAGUCUGAAGAUGAGAUCAUGGUUGUCUCAAGCACACCAGUCAAGCGCUUGUCUCCUGUGAAGACUAGCCCACGAAAACGUGCCGACAGCGAAGCUUCGAUGAGCUCGAGAGCAACAACGCCAUCAGCUUCGCCAGUGCCAAGCUUUGACAAGAUCGAGGAUGAGAACGAGUACGCCGCGCCAAACCACGACCAUGAAUCUGAUUUGGAACAAGAGGAGAAUGCGCGCCUUGUAUCCGAUAACUCUGACGACGAGCUCUGUGGACCCAAGACGCCGAUGAAGCGCUCAAGUCCCGGCACCGGGGCCCGUCAUCGCGCUUCUGUGCGCAAGGUGGCGCAAUCGAGUAUUGAGGAGACGCGAAAUCCCACUCCUGUAGUUCAGUAUCGGGCACUUGCUAGUCAUACCAAGACACCGAAGACCCAAUUACCUUACAAAAAGCAUACUGUGCCCGAGUCUACAGAACGAUCAUUGACAGUCGGAUGGGCCGGCAGGAUCACUGUUGAGUUCCGUAAUGUUCGAGAGGAGGAGGCACAGGCCGACAAAAGCCCAGAUGCCACCAGUCAUGAUGCAUUGACGAGCGUCUCAAGUGGCGAAACGGACCGUAUGUCAGAAGUCCAGCACGAAGUAGUCUCGGAGCCAGAGCAGGAGAUCUCAGCCAUGCCAGACAGAAGACUCGCUGGUGAAGCGGACCUCAUACCUGAACCCCUAGACGACGAUUUUAUGCAACAGAACGUCUACGAUCCGAAAGAGACCAUUAUUAUCAGCGACGAAUCAGGAACUGAUAUGGCAGGUCAGGAGGAGGCGACCAAUAUCGAAGGACCUGUGCCGCAAGAUCUUGAAAAGGAUGCCGAGCACGUCGACGUUCAUAUUGUACCACAUUCGACCACUCCAGAGACUCUCAUUUGGGACAACAUUCGCCAGGAUAUCACUAUCCCGAUCGACUUUGACUCCCACCUAAUGGGUCUAACACUCGCUCCAUCGGUCAAUGCGAUGGACAUGAUGGAUGAAAACAUCGAGAACGACUUCUCCGACCUCUCUCAGACUGGCGAUGCUCUAUUCGCAGCUAAUGCUUCGAUCUCUGACGACACUCACGACGAUAGCCUCCUUAGUAAUGAAGGACUGGAGUCGAAUACGCAAGAUGGAACCAUCAAUCUUAACGACUUCAUUGACGUUGCUGCUCUCGCGGAGCAGACCCAAGCACUGAAUUUGCCCACCCAGCAGAUGGAAUGUGCAAUUGAAGAGGACGAAGAUGAAGCAACCGUAUUGAUCAUCGAGACUACCGCAAAUGCAAAAGUGGCCGACACCGCCGUCCCACAUUAUGCUCUACCCACAGCUUCAUUCGAUGCCAGGCGCACGUCAAUGCCUGCUGUCAGCUUCCACACCCCUCUUAAGCUAGGCGCGAGACCUACGACAUCAGAUGGCGCAAGUAUGCCACGAAUGCCCCUGAUCUUCAACAGGCCGUGGGUUGCCACGCCGACAACUGCCAGACGAUCUGACUGCAAUGAGUCUGGCGAUCUGACAGGACAGGAUCACAGUACCACACCGUCCAGACGCUGGGAGAGCAUCUCUCCAGCCAGUUACUAUGCCAGCAUCGAGGAGCACGCGAAGACAACAGCUGGGCCGAAGCGCUUUCAAACUCCGACGCGACAGAUCAAGAACACAUCUGCCAUGGCCAAGCGCGCGUCCGCCAAUACACUCACGCCACGCGCUUCUUCUUUGAGGCCUCGACCAGCUAUGCUCGAGCAUGCUGAGAAGUCUACACCGCGGGUAGAGGAUGACAGCGAAACAUCCUUCGCCAUGGAAACGCCAGUACCCAGGACUCCAGCAGAGCGGUAUCCGCUUCUGUCACAAAAGGCCGGCCAGCUCGAUCAUGCGCAGACAGUCGCGCCACCACCUCGGUACCGGACGCCCUUGCGGAACUCUACCAGGCGGCCAGCUACUGUCAGCAAGAUCUCCGCACAGGCUACAACACCACAGAUGCAAGCUCCGCAUCUACGACGUCAGGACGGGAAUGAAGAGACCACAGAAGCCCUAAAGGCGGCUGCUUCACCAGCUGUGAGUGCCGCAGCAUCCACACCUACACACGGUGAACGCUUUCCCAAGCUGCCCGCUCACAACAAUUACAACGAUCAUGCUAAGACCGCAUCCGCCCCGCGCUUCAAGACACCUGCGAAGUCCCCACUCAAACGACCUUCCACGGUGCAGAAGCAAGUCUCGCUACGCAAAUUCGCAGUAGCCAACAACACGACUAUGGGCACCAGAACGCCUGUCAUGACGCCGCUGAAGCCACCUGCGAUGACGCCUGGCCAAGUCCCGAUGACACCGCAUCCGUCUGCACCACUGAAAGCUGUGGUAGCCAUGGUCGAAGUAUACACUCUCGAAGGCGCCUCAGCAUCUGCGCCAUUCAUCGCUCUUCUUCAUCGUCUAGGCGCGAAGACCACCAAAGUCUGGAAUGAGCGCGUCACCCACGUUGUGUUCAAAGACGGGUCCCCGACCACUUUACAGCGCGUACGUCUACACAACAAAGGCGUUGGCGAGUCCGGCACCGGCAGCACUAUCUACUGCGUCAACAGUCGCUGGGUCACAGACUGUGAUACGGAAAGCAAACGUGUCGAGGAGUCCGAUGAGGCAUACGUGGUCGAUGUGACAGAAGUUCCGCGAGGGGGCCAACGACGACGCAAGUCCAUGGAACCUUCUGCUUUGAUCAAUCUGGGUGGUAACAUCGUCCGCGAUCGAAAGAGUAGUAUUGGACGCAGCUCGCUGGGGAGGACACCGCUGAAGUUCGACUCACCCGCGAAGCAGCCUGAGAUGGAUGUGACUUCAGUGACUACGCCGCCGGCUGAGGCGCAUACUUCGUCUGACAAGGAAAACAAGGAAGAGCCGUCAUCGCCAGCCACGCCGGCGUAUCUUGCUGCGCCCGAUAAGUUGAUCCAGCAGACCGCGCCUAUCAAUCGCAUGCGGAAGCUUGGGACGAAGACUAAGGAGGCGAACAAGCUGAGGAGAUUGACGUACUUCAACGGUACUGGUCAUGUGUGA